GGGAGAGAGGGAUAGUGAGGGGAAUAGCAUAGUGGGGGCAGUCACAGCAAAUAUACUCGGGAGGGAAAGAAAAACUUGAUAUAGCAUGCACUGUGAAUAACCUUUACAAAUGACUCACUUUAAAAAGAGUUAACACAUAGUUUGAACUCUGAAGGGGGGUUAAGGGGACUGAACAGAGAUCAGUGGAUAAGAACCCUAUUCUUGCUCUGCAGACAACCACUCUUCAGAGGAGCUUUUACUCAGUCGCACAGGAUGGAGCCUCUGAGAGCAGCCUGGAUUUGCCUGUUUCUGUGUUCUGUGUGCAGCUCCAACCCUUCCAAAUUCAGCCCAGAGGCCUGGCUUCAACAGUAUGGAUAUCUGCCCCCUGGAGAUCUGCGGACACACACCUUACGCUCCCCUCAGUCCAUGAGUGCUGCAGUCUCUGCCAUGCAGAAGUUCUAUGGCUUAAAAGUGACAGGAAAGUUUGACAGUGACACAGAGAAAGCAAUGAAGAAGCCACGAUGUGGAGUCCCUGACAAAUUUGGUUCUGAAAUAAAGGCAAAUGUGAGACGGAAGAGAUACGCCAUCCAGGGUUUGAAGUGGCAGCACAAGGACAUCACAUUUUGCAUACAGAAUUACACUCCCAAAAUUGGCGAGUAUUCUACCUAUGAGGCGAUUCGGAGAGCCUUUAAAGUUUGGGAGAGUGUGACGCCACUUCGCUUCCGGGAGGUUCGAUAUGUGGAUAUUAAAGAUGGAUACACUAAACAUGCUGACAUCAUGCUUUUUUUUGCUGAGGGUUUUCAUGGAGACAGCACUCCUUUUGAUGGAGAGGGGGGCUUUUUGGCACAUGCAUAUUUUCCUGGGUCAGGCAUUGGAGGUGAUACACACUUUGACUCUGCAGAACCUUGGACAGCUAGGAAUGAUGAUCUUGAAGGUAAUGAUCUGUUCCUGGUGGCUGUACAUGAACUUGGCCAUGCUCUCGGUUUGGAACAUUCGAAUGAUCCAUCUGCAAUUAUGGCUCCAUUUUAUCAGUGGAUGGACACAACUAAUUUUCAGCUACCAGAUGAUGACCGCAGAGGAAUCCAACAGCUCUAUGGUCCCGAUCACGGAGAAGAUCGUCCAACUCGUGCACCUCGUCCUACACGAGCUCCGCGACCCACACAAACCCAGAGACCAGAUGAUAACCCACAUGAUCCCACUUAUGGACCUGACAUCUGCCAGGGCAACUUUGACACAAUUGCUGUGUUAAGGGGAGAGAUGUUUGUAUUCAAGGAACGCUGGUUCUGGCGUGUACGUCAUAAACGUGUAAUGGAUGGAUACCCUAUGCCUAUUGGGCAAUUCUGGCGUGGUCUUCCCAGCUCCAUUAAUUCAGCUUAUGAGCGAAAGGAUGGCAAAUUUGUGUUUUUCAAAGGGGAUAAGCACUGGGUGUUUGAUGAAGCUGUUUUAGAGCCAGGGUAUCCCAAAACCCUGAAGGAGAUGGGCAGAGGACUUCCUAGCGACAGAAUUGAUGCUGCCCUAUAUUGGAUGCCAAAUGGAAAGACCUACUUCUUCAGGGGUACCAAGUAUUACCGGUUUAACGAGGAGAUGAGAGCAGUGGAUCCAGAAUACCCCAAACCUGUCAACGUGUGGGAAGGCAUCCCAGACUCCAUCAAAGGAGCAUUCAUGGGCAGUGAUGGAGCUUUCACUUACUUUUACAAGGGUAACAAGUAUUGGAAGUUCAACAAUCAGCAGCUGAAGACAGAGUCUGGCUACCCGAAAUCCGUUUUGGUCGACUGGAUGGGCUGCAGCACUGUCCGACAGCCGGAAGAGGAUGAUGACAGGGAGGUGGUUAUUAUUGAGGUAGACGAGGCAAGUGGUGAAGUGAGUGCUGCAGCCAUUGUAGUUCCUGUCAUUCUCUUGCUUUGUGUUCUUACCCUUGGACUGGCUGUUGUGCUCUUCAGGCAAUGUGGCACACCGAAGAGGAUUCUAUACUGGCAGCGGUCCCUCCUGGAUAAAGUGUGAACACCUACACUUAGAAAUUUGCACCCUCCCCCUGAAUUACUGCCUCUCCAGCCCUCCUCUGUCUGCCUCAUACAAAUAAUACAGGGAGCAGUAUCAGCUUCCAGGAAAGAGAGGAGCUCUAAUGCAAUUUGGAGCAACUUUGCCUCUUACUAUUUUUUGUGGCACGUGUCGUGUUUAACCCCUUCACUGCCAGACCGGGCCACAAUGUUUGAACGAGAACAGAUUAUGAUAAGUUAUUGGUUAUUAGGGCCUGUUGGCUCAAGCAACAGCAAGUUACAAAGAUCAUGACAGUGAGGGACAUGAACUUGAGCUUUAAAAGAGCUAAUACUGUUUAGUUUUUGAAAUUCUAAAUAAAUUUGGCCCUUUACACAAACACCCAAUGUUUUAUCACCAGCCAGGAGUAAAGAACCCUGUUCUUAGCUGGGUAAGAAUGUGCUAGUCAGAAGGAAUUCUUCUGUCCAGGAAUAUGGAGGUGUACACUUAGGAACAUACUUCUUGAACAGCAUGGGAUUUGAUAUAGGACACACAAUAUUGUAAAUAUCUAGAACAAGGUCAGUGUCUUGCUAAUAAGAUAUUAGGCUUUGAUAUGAAUUGCACAACCACAGGAGAGCAUAUUAAACUGGCUAUUACCCACAAGUCUCGGUUACUAAGCUUUUAUAUAGGCCAAAUUCCAGUUACAUGGAAACUACAAUAAACUAUAGAAGUGUCCCAAGGGGAAUAUAUAUAAAAUGUGCUGAAAUGUGAACAUACUCUCCCCAGAAUAGUUGGCACCACAAGGGCAUUGUUUUAGUAAUCCUUAGAGUUUUGUCCACUUACGUAUUGCUGUAAACCAGUGGUAGCUGUACCUGCAAAGUUUGGUAGGUAGUAUGUUGUAUUGUGAUCCCUUCAUAUUCCUGGACAGUAUACCCUAAAAAAUAACCCCCCCCCCUACUCAAGUAAUAAUUUGGCGGUAACCAAAAUCAGUAGAAAAGCCAGUGAUAGCAUUGUAUUGUAAGGUGUGACAUGGGGAUUGAUGAGGAGUAAGUUUCUUUUAAUUUUUUUUGCGGAGCAGGAAUCUGUGUAUAGAAGUAGGGGGACAAGUCUAAGAUAAACAUUGCCCAACUCCUAUAGUGCCUUGUUAAGUGUCCCUCAGCUGCCCAUUUUCUUCUAUGACGCCUCCUCCAUGCCCUCAACCUGUUUAGUCUGAUGAUUCUGGAAGGGAAAGGGUUAAUGUGCAUCUCCCUGGUACCUACAGAUCAUUGCUGAGGGUUGGACACUGCUCUGUAGGUACUUGGGAGGGAAUUAUUGUUCCUUUAGAUACAAUCUGGCAGCAAAGGGGUUAUUCACUGCUCGUUGGGUCUAACAGGAAGGCUUUACAUCAUGCUGUGCCAGGGAAAGUGUCCAUUCCAGUAGUAAGUCUAAGAAAAGAUGAUCCAUUGCUGUUAAUCACUGCUAUGGGUGUCUUUGGAAGGAAAGAAGGGCAAAUCACAUGGUACGGUUAAGGGGGUGGGGGGUCACAUUCGCUUCUUUCCCUUCUUCUAUUCUUUGGUUUAUAUUUUUAUUAUUAUAAUUAUUAUUAUUUGGUAAUGAGGCUUCAUGUAUGUGCACAGCCCCUGCAGGUCAGGUGGUUUGUGUUUUACACCUAUCUACUGCAAGAGGGGUCUAUGGAGCAACUCAGGUCUUGGUAUAAAGAGCAGCGCUCUGCUUGCCCCUUCUGCAGUGAAUGGGUGUCUUAUUUUCCCCUACCCUUAACAGCCACACUGAGGCCAGUGCUUGCACAUUGCUUGGGGGGUUGCAGUUUGCCCCUGCUAACCUCCAACCCCCACCCCCAAGUGCAUUAUAACAUCUACAUUAUAAGAACACUGACUCAAACAAAGUCUACAAAGGGCAAACUUACUGCAGCAUUCCCCCAAUUUAAUGUAUCUGGGGGCCCUGUUGUCGGGUUAAUUAAAGCUUGUCAAAUGAACAAAUUCAGUUUUUUAAA